AUGCCUAUAAUAUUACGACAGAAACCCGAACCUUCCGAUAGUGAAUGGAUUUUUUCAGGCAUCCAACUCCCGAAAAUAGGAUCGACCAAAAAUGGCGAAUAUCGCGGUCUUCUCAUGAGGUUCACGCCAGAAUCUAUCACACUCGACUCCAGUCAAUUCCCUUCGAACCGCAUACUACAAACUGAUGAUAAAAACCUAUUCAUUCUGGCCUCUUUUGAAGCCUUGCGAUUUCCGGAUGUGUACCCUUCUGUCAACGUUGACUACAUCAAGCGAGUCUUGAAAGCCGGUGUUCAUAUCAACGGACGACAUUUUUGGUUCUACGGACACAGCAACAGCCAACUUCGUAGUCGGAGUUGCUUCUUGAGAGAAGCAGCCGAUGAAGAAGUUCUUCACCGUAAGAUCCUUGCAAUGGGAAAUUUCAACUCAAUCAAAAGUCCUGCUAAACGUUAG